AUGUCUGGCUACCCUACUCUCCAACCGGCCUUUACGAUCCAGGUCGUCAUCGAUGCGCCACUAGGCGUCGGCAGUGCCUCCCGGCAAAACAGCCUUCAGGUCGUGCCCAUGACCGGCGGCACCAUCAAGAGCGAGCCUGGCUUCUCCCCCGCCCUCGAUGCUGAGUUUGUUGGUGUCGGGAACGACUACAUCCACGCGGAUGCGGACGGCAAGCACUUGCGUCUGAACGCCCAUGCGGUUGCUAAACCUAAGGAUGACGCCGAUCUCAUUUACCUGAACUACACCGGUGUUAUUACGCUGGCCCCGGAGGUCCAGGCUGUCUUUGCAGGCGCUGCUGAGGAUGGGUCGACGCCUUUUGGCAAUGCUUUCACCCAUUUCACUUUCGAGACCGGCAGCACGCGCUACAAGGACCUUGAAACCCGCGUCUUCGUCGCCCAGGGACGGUUCAACACCGAGAAGGGCAAGCCAACUGUGGUCGAGUACCGGGUCAGCCAGGUCCUCCAGGGCUAG